CACUAGAGUAAAACUGACCAGACCACGUCAACAACUGAUCUUCGCUCCAUCCAGCAUUUAUAAACCUCUUCUCGUCCCAGGAAGAGCGACCAUCACACUUUUCUGACUCAAACCUGACAUCCAACCAAGAUGGCGAUGGCAUCCGCAUAUGAAGCUUUUCUGGCCGAAGAGGCGGGCGAUGAAUGGCCUCCUCGCGUAGAAAUCCUGACGGCUUUCCGGUCCCUGCUGCUCGACCCCUCUGCUCCAGUCUCUGACAUUGCCAGGGCGUGCAUGUCCCGCGUGAUCGCGGAGGCGAAUCCACGACCACAAUACGGCGACCUGUGGUCGACGCUGCUGGGAGCAGUCGAGCGAUUUCCGGAGCAGUGCGACCGCCUGGUGGACUUUCUAAUCGCCAUCCACCAACUUCCAGACUGCGAUGGUGAGUUCCAAUGGCUGGAAGGGUUCAUGAUGCAUUUGGAUGAGUUCACCUACGACUACGCGGAUCACUGUUUUAACGAGGCGAAGCGCGAUGCAGAGCGGCAGCGCUUCGUGAAUGCGAAUAUCUUCACCAUCAAAUUCUACCAGCGUCUCCCUCGGCCCAACCGCUUUGGAUCCCUGAUCAAUCGCGGAUCGUGGGUGCUGAGGAAGACCCUGGAGCAUGCCCCCUGGGAGAACUUCCAUCACCCGCGCGUCGAAAAUUCCAUCCGGGACAUCGAGGAAGAUGAAGAAGCCUUCUACAACCAGAAGCGAGACGAGGCGCUCGAGGUUCUCGAUGUUAGGACGCUAAACGGGUUCGUGCCUGCGGCGGCUGUGUGGAUUGGGUACUGUGGAAAGGAGAUUUUUGAGAAGGAGGGAUCGUUGGGCAGGGAGAUUGCGGCUUAUGACAAGUGGAAGGGACAGGGGGGUUGGUCCAAGGAGCGCUGGGCCUUUUGGAAAGAGAGGUUUGAGUGGAUCUCCAAUGUAACGGCGUUGGACCGGAAGACAAGGCGUAUCGCCAAGGAAACAGUCGAAUGGAUGGGCCAGAUUGAGCAGAAAGAGGUCGGGUCACUGUGAUGCUGAUUGCUAGAUUCGCAUUUAGUUCUUCCAGCCUUGCCCAGGUUGAGACAUGAAGCCAGAAUCUGAUCUCAGAAAAAUACAAUUUACA